AAGAACUCAAAUACCGCCAAGUUUUAUCAGCAUGUAUAUAUCUCUCUCUGAGAAACCCUAAUUGGAAUCUCUCUGUGUUUGAUCUUCGAUUUCUCUCUUUGGGUUACCGAAAAGUCUGAUUCAGUAAACGAGAUGUCGGAGAAAUUCUCACCGACGUUGAGAAUUGGAGAUCUGAGUGACUUUAUCGCUCCUUCUCAAGCUUGUGUUGUUUCUUUGAAAGGUCUCAAAACGACAACACCUAACACUAGAAAACGCGACAAACCUGAGGUUGCUAUUGCUAAUAGAGAGCAGAAUGACCCUGUUAAAAUUUCUCUUAAGGACUGUUUGGCUUGCAGUGGGUGUAUAACAUCAGCAGAGACAGUUAUGCUUGAGAAGCAAAGUUUGGAUGAGUUCUUAUCCAAUAUUGACAAAGGAAAAGCUAUCAUUGUUUCUCUUUCUCCACAAUCAAGAGCUUCUCUCGCUGUUUAUUAUGGCAUCUCUCCACUUCAGGUUUUUAAGAAACUCACAACGUUUUUUAAGUCAUUGGGAGUGAAGGCUGUAUUUGAUACAAGUUGCAGCAGGGACUUAACACUUGUAGAGACUUGUUAUGAGUUUGUUUGUCGUUACAAACAGAGCCAGUUGAACAUUGAUGAAAAAUCUAAUCCAUCUUUGCCUAUGCUUUCUUCAGCAUGUCCAGGUUGGAUAUGCUAUGCUGAAAAGCAACUAGGAUCCUACAUUCUGCCUUUUAUAUCUUCUGUGAAGAGCCCACAACAAACAAUUGGAGCUACCAUCAAGCAUCACAUUUGCCAAAAAAUGGGCCUAAGGCCAGAUGAGGUUUACCAUGUGACUGUGAUGCCUUGUUAUGAUAAGAAGCUUGAGGCAGCAAGGGGUGACUUUGUUUUUGAAGUGGAACAAGAAGAUGCAGACAAGAAUAGUCUAAGGAUUACAGAGGUUGAUUCAGUUUUGACAACUGGAGAAGUCUUAGAUUUGAUAAAGUUAAAAGCAGUGGAUAUUGAAACCUUAGAUGACUCACCUCUAGAUAAAAUGUUGACAAAUGUUAGUGAAGAAGGGUAUCUCUAUGGAGUACCUGGAAGUUCUGGUGGUUAUGCUGAAACAGUGCUACGGUAUGCUGCUAGAAUGGUAUUUGGAAAAGAAAUUGAAGGGCCUUUGGCCUUCAGAAGUCUUAGAAACAAGGAUUUCUGUGAAGUUACUUUGGAAGUGGAUGGAAAAGUUGUACUGAAAUUUGCCCUAUGUUACGGCUUUCAAAACCUACAAAAUAUUGUAAGAAAAGUCAAAAUGGGAAGAUGUGAUUAUCAUUUUGUGGAGAUUAUGGCAUGCCCAUCAGGUUGCCUGAAUGGUGGUGGUCAAAUCAAGCCAAAGCCUCAACAAUCUCCAAGGGAGCUGCUUCAGUCUCUAGAAACUAUUUAUAUGGAAAAUAUUUUGGUGAAAGAUCCUUUUGAGAAUCCUCUUGUUAAAUCCUUGUAUGAUGAGUGGCUUGAUCAACCUGGUUCGGAGAAAGCUAAACGGCACAUGCAUACAGAAUAUCACCCUGUGGUAAAAAGCGUAACUGCUCAAUUGCAUAACUGGUAACCACAUUCCAGUCCCUCUCCAUUCUACAAAUAAGUUGCAAUUUCACGAGGUUACCAUCCUUGGUCUCGGCUCUCCAAGGCAUGGGCCUGGUCUCGUUUACAACACCAACCACUGUGGCUGAAUAUUUAUUUGUUCUCGGGAUAUCCUUUUGCAAAACACAGUUCAAUUUUGAUAGAGUAAACAGAUUUGUUAUUCGUACCCUUCUUACUCGUGUAUAUAUUCUAUACUAGAAGCCCUUUAGAUAGAUAAAAGAAUCGAUUUCAUGCUUUUGUAAUCUGUUUCCCCUUGCCAUCUGGGCCCAAAUAUUGUUCUCUUCAGUUCUUGUACAUGUCUUUGUUGAAUAAUGUUCUCUUUUUUGUAUAAUUCAACAGGUUUGGGGAAUUAUGAUCCCCUCCUUUGAAACCAAAAAUAAUUUCGUCUGUAUCAGCAACAAGUACAAGAUUGAGGAAUCAAAGCAAAUUUUUUUUACUUGCCA